ACCCAGUCUACAGUUUUCUUAUUGUGCUGUCUUCAACAAAAUUAUAAGCCAUUAACAAUUUCAAAAAAUUCUUCAAGUGACCAUGAACCACACCGCCCAAACCUUCUUCACUCCCGCCAACACCAGCUGCCCCCCAAACUAUCAGAUGCUCAAGGAGGGGCAUGAGGUGGCUGUGCUGGGGGCACCCCACAACCCUGCUCCCCUGAGGUCCACUGUGAUCCACAUCCACAGCGAGACCUCCGUGCCCGACCAUGUCGUCUGGUCCCUGUUCAACACCCUCUUCAUGAACUACUGCUGCCUGGGCUUCAUAGCAGUCACCUACUCCAUGAAGUCUAGGGACGGGAAGAUGGUUGGUGACCCAACUGGGGACCAGGCCUAUGCCUCCACUGCCAAGCGCCUGAGCGUCUGGGUCCUGGUUCUGGGCAUCCUCAUGAGCAUUCUGCUCAUUGUCAACCCAGUGUUGAUCUUCCAAGUCUAUAGAUAG